AUGUGGUUCAACAAGUGGCUUCUACCUCUGCUCGUCGCAGGUGUCCGUGCUGCUCCUGCGAGCACAGCCAAGGACAGCAUCUCGUCCAUCACCAAGGAUGGCGUCCAGUAUACCGUCUUUGAGCAUGCCGCGACUGGGGCCAAAAUCGAGUUCGUCAAGAAUUCCGGUAUUUGUGAGACAACUCCUGGUGUGAACCAGUACUCGGGAUAUCUCACGGUGGGAGAUAAUAUGAACAUGUGGUUCUGGUUCUUCGAGGCCCGUAAUAACCCCAAGACGGCUCCUCUCGCUGCCUGGUUCAAUGGUGGACCUGGAUGCUCGUCCAUGAUCGGCUUGUUCGAGGAAAAUGGACCUUGCCACUUUGUCAACGGCGACAGCACGCCUUCGCUGAACAAGAACAGCUGGAACAACUACGCCAAUAUGCUGUACAUUGACCAGCCGAUUGGCGUGGGAUUCUCAUAUGGCACAGAUGAUGUGACCAGCACGGUCACCGCGGCGCCCUAUGUCUGGAAGCUACUGCAGGCAUUCUACGCGAAGUUCCCAGAGUACGAGAGCCGUGACUUUGCUAUCUUCACCGAAUCCUACGGUGGUCACUACGGGCCUGAGUUCGCCUCGUAUGUCCAGGACCAGAAUGCUGCCAUCCAGGCCGGUACCGUGUCCGGCGAGAACAUCAACCUGAUCGCGCUCGGUGUUAACAACGGGUGGUACGACUCAGCCAUCCAGGAGAAAGCCUACAUUGACUUCAGCUACAACAACUCCUAUCAGCAGCUCAUCUCAGACUCGGACCGUGACAGCCUACUGAGCGCCUACAACGACCAGUGCCUGCCCGCCAUCCAGCAGUGCCGCCAGACCGGUACUGUUGCUGACUGUGAAAACGCCGAUAGUGUCUGCUACAAUUACAUCGAGGGCCCCAUUAGCCAAUCCGGCGACUUUGAUGUGUACGAUAUCCGUGCGCCAUCGAACGAUCCCAACCCACCUUCUACGUACUCGAGCUACCUGAAGGACUCGAAGGUUCUCAAGGCCAUUGGUGCGCGGUCGACCUACCAGGAGUGUCCUAAUGGACCGUACAACAAAUUCUCAUCUACCGGUGAUAACUCGCGGUCGUUCCUACCCACUCUCUCCAAGGUGGUCAAGUCCGGCAUCAAUGUGCUGGUUUGGGCCGGUGAUGCUGACUGGAUCUGCAACUGGAUGGGUAGCUUUGGAGUCGCCAAUGCCGUGGACUUCGCAGGAUCCGCCGAGUUCCAGGCCAAGGAUCUGGCGCCGUAUAAGGUCAACGGAGAGGAGAAGGGUAUGUUCAAGAAUGUGGGCAACUUCAACUUCCUGAAGGUGUAUGGUGCGGGCCACGAGGUCCCUUACUACCAGCCGGAAGUGGCGCUGCAGGUGUUCCAGCAGAUACUGCAGAAGAAGCCCAUUUCCUCAACCUAG